AUGCACAGCCCUCUUUUGCACCAAGUGUCCUCGCUGCGGGACUCGCUGGCCCGCGUAGACCAAUACGGCCCUCCCUCGCGCAGUGCGGGUCAGACUGCAUACAGCCUACACCCCCGUGCCCCCAGUGGCGCGAUCCCGCUGUCCAGUCUCAUGGGCUCCAGUGCAGGGAGCGGCACUCUUUUGGCCUCGACUCUGCUCGAUAUCCCCUCGUCCUCCUCCCUCCAUGCGUCCGCUGCCGAACCCGCAUCAAACUCCUUGACCAAAUCGGAGCAGGACCUGGCUCAGUACCUUGCGACUACGAACCAGGCGGAGCACGGCGACCACGGUCUAUCCCGAGAACCCACGCUCAUGGCGACUCUGAGUGGAGAUUGGAGCACGCAGCUCGAUUUCUACGACCGAGCAGCGUACAUGGCAUGGAACGAAGGGACCGAAGCGCCAGUCUCGGACAACCACUCCUCGUCGUCCCAAACCCGUUCAUCGGACUCUGCCAGUGGCAGCGAAAUCUUUCGACCGUUCAACUCGCGCGGCGAGUAUGUCCUCGAAUCGAGCUACCUCGUUGCCCGGCGGGCGUCGGAAACCUGGUCCGCAAGCUCGCGAUCCAGCUCCGACUCCCAGCAUCGCCAUUCUGCGCUACCCUACGCUCUGCACUCCUCCGUCCUCCACACCGAAGGCAACAGUGGCCCCGUUCGGUACCAGGCAUCGAACAUGAAUCGCAGCCCGUUCGCUGAGACGCGGUCGCUCCCCAGCUCUCCCCAUGUCACCCCGCAACUCGAGAUGGCGUAUCCUGAUGGUGGACACAUGUUCGUCAGCAUGGCGGAUCUGACGGGGCCUCCUCACCAGGAUCUGCCCACGGUAGCCCAGCCUAUCAUGCGGCGCACCACUCGCCCUCCUCCUCAAGUCUUAGAGCUUUCCGGCUCCGCCCCCAAGAGGAAGGCUGAGGAAGAAGAGGAAGCAGAUUUGGAGGCCAAGCAUCGAUGCCUCCCCAAGCGCGGUCGUUUGAAUCAAGCCAGGCGUCGGCGGAAUGCGGGGAGUGCGGCCGAGGCUUUGAGGGUUGUGACAGAACUUGCCACCGGAAACGGCACCGAGUCCAUCUCGACCUUUUCCGCUUCUCCAAGAGUCGACGCAGCUUCAUUCUCCUCUUCAAAUUUCGCUCACCAAUCGGACGUAUCGGCCUUGCCAGCACAGUACUUUACUCACGAUUCCAUCAGCGAUUUCUCGUUGUCUUUCCCUUCCAUGAUGGGCAUCAGCGAACCAACGCAUAUAGCGGCGGACCGACCUGCGCAGUGCAAUAACCGGCGUCGGCCAGCGUCUAUGCCGCUUCCGGUGCCCGUCCCAAACCUGAUCAAAAAGAGCCGGGGCCGUCAUGUUCCUGCAGUGCCAGACAUCAAUGCGCCCCCGCGGUCAUUUAUCUGCCAAGUUGUAGGAUGCGGGAAGAGUUUCGUGAGGGGCGAGCAUCUCAAACGGCACGUUCGGAGCAUCCAUACGUAUGAUCGUCCGUGGAUCUGUCCUUCUGAAGGCUGCGGGAAGACGUUCAGUCGGAGAGACAAUCUCGCACAACACGCUCGUGUCCACCUUCCCCUUUCCUGAUUUCGCCUGAUUCCUCCUGCGCCACCCUCCGUUCUCCGCUCUCCCCGGCAGCGACCCUUCACCAAUAAGAAACCUGUACUUCUGGGCAUUUGCCGACUUGUACUGGUGUAUAUUUGUAUUAUAGAUUGUUACUGUACUGUGAAUCCUGUAUAACCUAUCCUCGUCUAUUACUCUACUCUCUCCUAUCAUUACGAAUACAUACGCGUUAACUGCAUCGGUAUUAUACGUUCUGCAUGUCUUGGGGAGCUCUAUUGGUCUGCUCACUCGGUGUCUACUGGAGGAAAUAACAGCCCCCUCCAAUUGAGAGUCUCUCCUGAACUUUUCUGGUUUCAUCAAUGAAUCUGAACUCUGACAAAGUACGCAGGUCUGAGUUUCACAUUGCCGUAUGAGCCGCGGGAUCUGAGCAUGUGUCUUGGAGAUAAUGUGCUUAUUUGCCACGGGCUAGUUUCACCUGGUAAAGCC